CUGUCAGCCAGUUGCCAAAUGCCAACUUGCCACUGUGAGUGUGAGGUGUAAUUUUGAUUUCGGUUUCGGAAAAUUUUAUAAAUUUUGAAUCUUGCAAAAAUCACUCUUGCACGUAAUUGUGCAAUUUUUUAAAUAAUCAUGGAGGAAUGGAUAAGUGAAGGAUUAUGUAAAAUAUUGGACUUCGAAAUUCCUGAAGAUUUAAUAAAAUAUAUUUUGUCAAUACAAAAUGAAAAGGACUUAAAUGAGUAUCUAAAAACAUUACUCGAUUUCGAUAAUUCACAGCAUAAAAACUUUUACUUGGAGUUGACUAAGAAGCUGUUUCCCAAUAAAGGAAAUUCCCAAACAAAGCAACAAAAGAAAAAGAUAUCAAAAAAUAAACAACAACAGGAUUUCAUAAGUGAACAGACGCCUGUUACACAACAUGUGAAAACUGAUGAGGAGUCUAAGUCUAAGAAAAAAACUAAAUUUGUCAACCUCUAUUCUCAAGAAGGGAAGAACGCUCAAGUUGUUCUAUUGAAAGGUAGACAUCACUGCGAUUGUCAAGCAUUGAAGCAUGAUUUGAUAAACAACUGUCUCCAAUGUGGCAGAGUUGUUUGCAAGCAAGAAGGUUCCGGGCCCUGCUUGUUUUGUGGGAAUCUGGUAUGCACUCCAAAUGAGCAAAGAGAAAUAAAUGCUAAAACCAAGUCGAGCGCCAAGCUCAUGGAGACUCUGAUGGAGAGGAGCAGACCUAAGGGCUGGGAGGCUGCCAUAUCACAGAGAAACAGGCUACUAGAAUAUGACCGCACUAGCGAGCGACGCACGCGCGUGACGGACGACGACAGCGACUACUUCAGCGCCAACAGCGUGUGGCUGAGCUCGGGCGAGCGCGACAAGCUGCAGCAGUACCAGCAGACGCUGCACGACAAGAAGCACGCGUCCAGGCGCAACAAGAAGAUGACCUUCGACUUUGGUGGUCGUCAGAUCAUAGAAGACAACUCAAUAGAGCACGAGGUGGAUGAAGAGCGCAUACGGCAGAUAACGUCAACCGGUGGCGCGACUAGUGACCCGCAGAUACUGCGGCCGGAUAUGUUCGCCCACUCGUUGGCUGACCGCGAUGUCGCUCCGGGUGUCAACGCUCCUUUACUGCAGUUUGACGAGUCAGUGAACCAGGAGAGCCAAGGCUACUCCUCAGCGGUGAGGUCUUCCUGGAAUCAGCACUCUCGCAUCCAAGACCUGGAGCUGCAAGAGAUGAGCGACUCCGGCAAGUGUCUUUCCAUGCACCAACCAUGGGCUUCCUUGCUGGUUGAGGGCAUCAAAAGGCACGAGGGUCGAACCUGGUACACCAGCCACCGCGGCCGCCUGUGGAUUGCUUCAACCGCCAAACCACCGGACCACAGCGUCGUGAGCGCCGUUGAGAACCAGUACAGAGUGCUGCGACCAGAUGAGCAGCACAAGUUUCCAACGUUCUAUCCGACGGGGUGUUUGUUGGGCUGCGUCAACGUCGACGACUGCUUGCCGCAGGAGGAGUAUGCGAAGAAAUACGCAGACACGGAUGAGAGCGACAGUCCCUACGUGUUCAUUUGUUCGAACCCCAUCAGUCUGAGGCUGCGGUUCCCUGUCAAGGGACAACAUAAGAUUUAUUCCUUGGAUAAGAGUAUUCAUCAAGCAGCAUUGAAAUCCAUUCAGAAAACAUCAAAAAUGCAAGCUGAAGAAGCUAAUGCUGGUUAAAGUUAUUAUAAAAUUACUUUUAAACAUACCAUACGAUGUUUAUAUAAAUUAAAAUAAAAUAAAACGAUUUUGUUACUUUAAGAAA